AAGACAUGGCGGCGCCCGACGAGUGUGAUUCUGCGACUGAAGCGCCUCAGCCGGCCGCGCAGGAGGAGGAAACGAAAACGUUUAAAGAUCUGGGUGUGACAGAUGUGUUGUGUGAAGCCUGUGACCAGUUGGGAUGGACAAAGCCCACAAAGAUCCAGAUUGAAGCUAUUCCUUUGGCCUUACAAGGUCGUGAUAUCAUCGGCCUGGCAGAAACUGGCUCUGGAAAAACAGGGGCUUUUGCUUUGCCCAUUCUGAAUGCGCUGCUGGAGACGCCCCAGCGUUUGUUUGCUUUGGUUCUCACGCCCACUCGAGAGUUGGCCUUUCAGAUCUCGGAGCAGUUUGAAGCCCUGGGGUCUUCUAUUGGUGUGCAAAGUGCUGUGAUUGUAGGUGGAAUUGAUUCAAUGUCCCAAUCUCUGGCUCUGGCGAAAAAACCACACGUAAUAAUAGCAACUCCUGGUCGAUUGAUUGACCACUUGGAAAAUACAAAAGGUUUCAACUUAAGAGCUCUCAAGUAUUUGGUCAUGGAUGAAGCAGACCGAAUAUUGAAUAUGGAUUUUGAGACAGAAGUUGACAAGAUCCUCAAAGUGAUUCCCCGAGAUCGGAAAACAUUUCUCUUUUCUGCUACCAUGACCAAGAAGGUGCAAAAACUUCAGCGAGCAGCACUAAAGAAUCCUGUGAAAUGUGCUGUUUCUUCCAAAUACCAGACAGUUGAGAAAUUACAGCAAUAUUAUCUUUUUAUUCCCUCUAAAUUCAAGGAUACCUACCUGGUUUACAUUCUAAAUGAAUUGGCUGGAAACUCCUUUAUGAUAUUCUGCAGCACCUGUAACAAUACUCAGAGAACAGCCUUGCUACUCCGAAACCUCGGAUUCACUGCCAUCCCCCUCCAUGGACAGAUGAGUCAGAGCAAACGCCUAGGAUCCCUUAAUAAAUUUAAGGCCAAGGCUCGUUCUAUUCUUCUAGCAACUGAUGUUGCAAGCCGAGGUUUGGACAUACCGCAUGUGGAUGUAGUUGUUAACUUUGACAUUCCUACUCAUUCCAAGGAUUAUAUCCAUCGAGUAGGUCGAACUGCUCGAGCUGGGCGUUCCGGAAAGGCUAUUACCUUUGUCACACAGUAUGAUGUGGAACUCUUCCAGCGUAUAGAACACUUAAUUGGGAAGAAACUGCCUGUCUUUCCAACACAGGAUGAUGAGGUUAUGAUGCUGACAGAACGUGUGACCGAAGCCCAGAGAUUUGCCCGCAUGGAGUUAAGGGAGCAUGGAGAGAAGAAGAAACGCACACGGGAGGAUGCUGGGGACAACGAUGACACAGAAGGUGCUAUGGGUGUCAGGAACAAGGUGGCUGGAGGAAAAAUGAAGAAACGGAAAGGCCGUUAAUUCUCUUGUGAAGACUCAACUUUAGCCUUCUGUUCCAUAAAAGGGGAUUGUAGAAGAGAAUGAAACCUCCUUGGUCAGAAUUCCUUAGAUCGGAAUCUGUCAGAAUGAUGUCCAGAACCUCCUCUAACUCAGUACUUGUUCCCCUUCUAUAGAGCUCCAUGACUGCAGACUGGCUUUUCCAGUGCUGAGGUCAGCUUUGGGUCCUUGGUCAUGACCUGAGUAGGCUGUGCUCUUCUGUCACUUCACACAGUCCUUUUGCUUUUUUAGCUACAGGUCAAGGACUAGGUUGAUGAAGCGCUGGACCUGUUGUUAUAAAGGGAAGACGCUCCUAUGUCUGUAAAAUGGUGAUCCUUUAGCAGUCUCAGCUUGUGCUUCAUUAAACCUAAUGUGGAAUAAUAAAUUUAAAUAUUAUUUUUAAAAGA